UGCUGGCCAAGCUUUCCCCACAGGUUUCCCGUAGCACCCACGCGACCCCACACAAGGGGACUUGACACACACUGUGCCCCCGCAGCGGCGGGCGCCUGCGGCACCAUGAACCGGAUCACAGUGUACGAGCGUGCCAACUUUGAGGGGCUGAGCCGGGAGUUCACCUGCGACGUGCCCGACCUGCACGAGCUGGAUUUUGGGGACUGCAUCGCCUCCCUAAAGGUGGAGGGACAGCCCUGGAUUGCCUACACGGAUCCCAAGUACGAGGGGGAGCCGCAUGCCUUCGAGGAGGGCGAGUACCCCUCUGUGGGGCGGCCCAACAGCUUCUCAGCACUGCGCCUUGUGCACCAUGACCUGGGGGACCCCCAGAUCACCCUCUAUGAGCACCCCAACUUCCAAGGGGCGUGCAAGGUGGUGAUGGAGGAGACCAACUUGGCAUACGGGUACUUCAACGACCGGGUGGCCUCCCAUGUGGUGCAGCGAGGCGUCUGGCUGCUCUACCAGCACCCCGGCCGGGGCGGUUGGCACUGCCUGGCAUGGCCUGGCGAGCGUCUCGCCGACUACAAACUUGAGCUGAACUUCCAGGCUCGGUUGUCCCACUUGCGCCCACUGCGGCCCGGGCGGCCCCUGGUCUCGGCGCGUCUCCUCUGGGAGCAGAAGCGAGUGGAGGCGGAGCGGGAGGUGCUGGUGGAUGAGAUCGAGGGGGUGAAUGAAACGGAGUCGGAGCAGGCACUGGCGGCCAGCAGCAGCCGGGAGUAUGGCACCACGCUCUGGCAGAGCUUCCACUUCAGCAAUGCCACCAGCCUCAAAGCCGGGCUCUCCUUCACGCUGACCGUGGAAGCCUCCAACAUCUUCACGGUGCAGAAAGGACGCAGUGAAUCCAGCACCCGCCGGGAACGGGUGGAGGUGCAGCUGCCAGCUAAGAUCCCCCCGCGCACGGCGCUUAGCAUCCAGGUCUUGCGGAAGGAGGUGACGCUCUCCGUCCCAGUCUUGCUCACCAUCACCCAGAACGAAGCUGUCCGUACAGAGAUGGGCGAGUACCGCAGCGUCUCGGGUACCAACAUCAGUGCCCGCUAUAGCUUGAAGCCUCUGCCGGCUGCAGGCAGGCAGAAGGCAGCCACUGAGGGGACAGAGCCGGUGCCCGGCACCGGGACAGAGCUGUAGCUGUACCUGUACUUCUAGCUACGGUCCCGUCCUGCUGCCGGACACCGGCUCUGUCCUCUCAGUGGUGUGGGACCCCCGGAGACACCCUCACUGCCUGCCUGGCCCCCCGUGGAGGAUCCAGGACCCGCCGUGCCUGGCCAUGUUGGGUGGCUGUGGCUGACAGGACCUGACGGUGCUUCUUCCCGCGGGGUGUUGCCAAUAAACCCCCUUCCCCAACCA